UGAACUCAAUUCUAUAUUGGACAGUUUGAACAGGAAGAAAAGAGAUCUUACUGCUGACACAGUCGAUGAGCACCCCAGAGCGAAGAGAGAUGCCGGUGAUACCAUUGGACAAAGUUCCACACUUAUCAGACAUAAGAAAAACACUGUAGAUGAUAUCACAGAUAUGUUAAACGAUCUAAAUGACGAAACUGAUGAUGACAACGAUGACGCUAUGGAUGAUGAUGAAGAAGCAGAGGAUGAUGGUGAAGAGGGGGACGAUGAUGACGACGACACUGAUGAAGAAGCUGAAAUAGAAGAAGAAGAAGAACAUUUGGACCGAUUUAGAAAAAAAUAUGACGAUGUAGAUGAUGAUGAAGGGGACGAAGACGACGACAACGAAGAUGAUGAUGUUGAUGAAUAUGAUAAUAGUGAUGAUUCUGAGCUUUAUUCCCUCUUAUCUCGGCGAAGAAGAAAUGUCGAAUCUUCUGCAGACGGUCAAGCCUCCAGUCCCAUAUCUAUGAAAAAACGGCAAGUUGAUGAUGAUUAUGAAGACGAUGACGAUUACACCGACGACUAUGACGACGACGACGACGAGAACGAUGAUGGAGAUAAGGAAGAGAAGGAUUAUGAAGAAGAUGUUUCUGAUUUGGUUUCAUUAUUAACACGCGAGAAGAGAAGUACUGACAGCAAAACUUCUGAAGAGAAACUACCCAUAGCUAAACGACAAUAUGAUUACACAAAUGACGGUGAUCUUGAAUAUGACGAUGAUGAUGUUUCAAAUAAUUUGGUUUCCAAGUUAUCAAGAAAAAAACGACAAACUGGUGAUGAUGAGGAAGAUGAUUAUGAUGAAGAUGAUGAUGAUGAUGAUGAUGAUGAUGAUGAUGAUGAUGAUGUUGAUGAUGAUGAUGAUGACGAUAAUGACGAUGAUGAUGAUGAUGAUGAGGAUGAUGAUGAUGAUGAUGAUGACGACUGGGAAGAAGGUGGCAGUCCAAUAGAUGACUCUGGCUUAUUAUCUCUAUUAUCAAGAAAUAAAAGAAGUGUCAAUGAUUAUGAAUAUGAAUAUGGUGAUGAUGACGGAGAGUUGGGUUUAUAUGCUGGUGAUUUAAUUUCUUCCAGGAAGAAGCGUAGUAUGGAUGAAGGUGAUAGCAACGUUAACAGACAGAAAAGAGAAGCAGAUAAAGCUUCGGGGGCAGCUGUUUCACGAUCGAGGCGUCAUUUAAGGAAUUACGAUGAUUACUAUGAUAGUGGUGAUUCAGAGUACACGGAUUAUUACAAUGAUGAGACCGCUCCAUUACGUCAACCGAUAUUUCCACAGAUGACUGGUUUAUUGCCACGAGUUGACCGCCCAUUUCCACAAAAUCGUGGUCCAUUGCGGCCCAUUAAUCAUCCGCUGUUAAAACAUCGACGUAAGAAGCCGAGUCUACCCGUUGCUCCGGGGAUGAAUUGGCUACAGUUGACAGGUACCACUGCUAGUGUCACAACGCCGUCUCCAGGUAAUGUCACAGAACCACAAAAACAGAAGAGAUCUUUUAAUGACCACCAAGCCUAUGAAGACAAUCUGGAUGUUGAUGUUAGUGCUUAUGACGAAAUAUUAACUCCUAAUGAUUACGAUGAUGAAAUUUUUUUGCCACGUGAUGCUUAUCAGAGGUCUGCCGAAAUAAACCCAUCAGCUUCAAUUUUAGAACAAACGAACAACGGGAAUCCUAAUGCGAAUAACCAGCUUGGUUCGGAUAUGCAAGUAAAUCCUGUGGAGAUUGACAUUCAAGGUGAGCUGGACAAGGUAUUUGAAACGACAGGAGCUGAAAACAUGAAGCCUCCCCAAACGAUCCUUCCGGGGGCGGAUUUGCCUGAAGUAAGGCAUGUAGGGCCGGAAUUGGCAGUUGGUGAAAGAAAAAUUUUUAACCCAGUACCUGUAAAAAAGCAACUUGCCAGGGCCAUCUUGAAUAUUUUGCACAAACGUAAGGAAAGAUUAAGGCGCCAAAAAAGAAGUCUUAGUUUCAAACUGGAAUAUGAUGCCGUCGGGAACGAUGGUAGUAAUAAGGGUUUUUUUAAAGAAGCUGAGGUAUUAGAGGAAACAGAUGAAGAUGCCAAUAGGGGUUCGUAAUUACUGGUUAUGAAACGUGGGGUAGUUGGAGUGAAUGCAGUAAAACUUGUGGUGUUGGGAUACAAGAACGAUUUAGAAAAUGUGAUGAUGUCACGCACUGUUAUUCUGGUGAUUCCGAGAUGCAUCCCUGCUUUUUGCAACCUUGUUGAUUUAUUUUAUUGGCCUUACAAUCUGAUUACAGAUCAAUAUUUCGUUUCGUUUUUUUAUACUUUCGAUGGCCUACACAACAUGACGAUCUGACAAGUUUUACUUAAAAGUCGCGUCAGGGUCGUAGGAGCGGCUUUUGACCCUAUGACGUCAGACAUUGAUUAAUCAAUCAGCUUUGACGUUUCUAGUGGUGUACCCACAGUUCCGUGCAUGGCACGCCAAGAAGUCGCCGUAACAGAUGGUUUCAUUGGCUAAUACCACACGCCAUUCAGAACGCAUGUUAUAUAAAAACUCUUCCAGAUCCUAGUGUAGUACAGACAAAUAGAAAGAAAUUUUAAACUAUAAAAAACGAAACGAAAUAGGAUCUGUAUUUUAAUCAGA